CACCUCAAGGUUUUUCGUGUGAGUGCGUGCGUGCAACUUGCAAGCGUACCCAGGUAGUAGAGCAGGUGGAGCAAUGGGCUCCACGGCGGCGCCGCCGUGCCACCUCGUGGCCGUGCCGUACCCUGGCCGCGGCCACGUCAACGCGAUGCUGAACCUGUGCCGCCUCCUGGCAGCUCGAGACGGCGUCACCAUCACGGUCGUCGUCACCGAGGAGUGGCUCGGCCUCCUGGGCGCCCCGGCGGCGCUGCCGGACCUGGGCCCGCGCGUCCGCUUCGAGGCCAUCCCAAACGUGAUCCCCUCGGAGCACGGCCGCGCCAACGACAUGGUCGGCUUCCUGGAGGCCGUGUACACCAAGAUGGCGGCGCCGUUCGAGCAGCUUCUCGACAGGCUUCCGCCGCCGGCGCCCGUCGCCAUCGUGGCCGACGUGUUCGUGCCGUGGACCGUGGGCGUCGGGGCACGGAGGGGCAUGCCUGUUUGCCUCAUGUGCCCGAUUAGCGCCACCAUGUUCGCGGUGCAGUACAGCUUCCACCUGCUGCCACCCGCGGCGGCCGGCGGCGGCGCGUCUCCGGGUACUACAAACAGUUAUGCCACUGAUCAUUGUCUGAUUGAAAACUACAUUCCCGGCACGAAAUCAAUCAGGUUCGCUGAUCUUGCACCCACACACACCAACGCGAUACUCCUGGACAGAAUCUUUGAAGCCCACUCCUAUGUAAAGAAAGCACAAUGCAUCAUCUUCACCACCUUCCAAGAGCUCGAGAGCGACGCCAUGGACGCACUGAGGCAAAACCUUCCAUGCCCAGUGUACGCGGUCGGCCCCUGCAUCCCCUUCAUGGCACUGCAAGAGCACAACGAUGCCAGUCCAGACGGUGACGGCUACAUGGCGUGGCUGGACGCACAGCGCGCGGGCUCGGUGCUGUACGUCUCGCUCGGCAGCUUCCUCUCGGUGUCCGCCGCCCAGUUCGACGAGAUCGCCGCUGGCCUGGCCGAGAGCAAGGCCAGGUUCCUGUGGGUGCUCCGCGACGCCGGCGCGUGCUCCCGCGCGCGAGCCCUGAUCCGCGAUCCCGACGCCGGACGCAUCGUGCCGUGGACGGACCAGCUGAGGGUGCUGUGCCACCCUUCGGUCGGGGGGUUCUUCACCCACUGCGGCAUGAACUCGACGCUCGAGGCGGUGUACGCCGGCGUGCCCAUGCUCACCCUGCCCAUCGCGUUCGACCAGCCAGCCAACAGCCGGCUCGUCGCCGAGGUGUGGAAGACCGGGGUUGGCCUCAGGGACAUGGCCCGGGCCGACGGCGUCGUCGGUAGAGAGGAGAUCGCCGCGGCCGUGGAGAGGCUGAUGCGUCCUGACACGGCCGAGGCCGAGGACAUGAGGAAGCGAGCGGCGCUGUUGAAGGACGCGGCUCGGGCUGCAUCUGAAGAGGGUGGAUCCUCGUGGAAAGAUCUGACGUCUUUCGUCAACUUCGUUUCACAUUGAGAUCUCCGAAUGUCAAACGGAGUCACUUCAGCAGUAGAAAGACACAAACUGCAGGUGCUGACUGCUGUGAAUUGUGAUUGAUUCUCAGGGAGUCAAUGUGAUCUCUAAGUGUUAGCAGAAUCUUCAGUUAGGUGCAACAAUAAACAUGCUGCAUUGCUGCUGCAUCCAGUUGACAGCAGCUCUUUUAAUUGUUCAGAUCAAAGUUCAGAAGAUUUGAAAACCUCACAAGUAGCAUUUUUAAAACUCAAUUCGGGAAAUCAUUUGAAAGAAAGAAAUGUUCAGUCAAUCACAAAUUAACCAAGCAUUUUGUGAAGUGUAUAAUUGGUUUCAGUGAGUCGCUGGGAUCAUUGAACAAUUGUUGCCCUUUCCUUUCAAACAAGUGUGGAAGUGUUUCAGGAAUCAUUUCAAUCUGUAAUUCUGAAUGUCUUACAAAACUCUGAAUUUUUUUUGGAGACAAAAUUCCAGGAGGGAGUCAGUGUGAUCUCUGAAUGUUUGCAGAAUCUUCAGUUAGGCGCAACAAUAAACAUGUUGCUUCAUGCAGUUGACCUCAGAAGUAGCAUUUUUAAAAUUCACUUGGUGAAAUGUCAGUUAAUCACAAAUUAACAAAGCAUUUUCAAUUAAUCAGAAAUCUCAAAGUGAUUAACAAAGCAUUUUGUUAAUUUAAUCAGAAAUCGUAUGUUUGAAUAAUCACUGCUGCUUCAAUGCUCUUUCAGACAGGUGCGCAAUCACAAAGUGUUUCAGGAGUCAUUUACAAAACUGAAAAAAAAACUUGAGAUAAAAUUCCCAGAGUUAGUGUGAUCUUGGCAGAGUUUAAAAUUUAUUUUGUGAAAUCAUUUGAAAGAAAGAAAUAUUCAGUCAAUCACAAAUUAACCA